CGCUCUCGUUGGCUGAUAUAUAAUUUUGUGACGUCUACCUCUAGAUAACCAGAACCUGAAACGCAAAUCCUUGUUCUUAUUUUCCUUCUGUUUCUGUUUUUAAAAUAAUUAUUAGUAUGAACUUGUGAGCAUAUCUGGUGAGUUUCGAAACGCAACUGGUGAUUGAUGUGAGGAGUUUCUUAUGUUAAAUUCCUUUGGCAGUGCCAAGUAAUUGAUUUUGUUACUCACAUUGCAUUCAGAUUUCUAUCUUGUAGUUUCCUUUGUUUCAAUCUUUAUAUAUUUAUCGGAUACCGCAGUUGCUCAUUUAGCUUUGUGUCUUUACAUAUUGGUUUUCGAAAGUUAAGUUCAAGUUUUUGUAUCAUUGAUGUUAGUUGGACUGAAUAUCGUAUCUCAUGUCUCCUAUUGUUUCCAACUUUAUAUUUAAUUGGAAUUGGAACCACAGUUGCGAUUGCCAAAGCCUUGAAGAAUCUUACAAACUGUUUUUGGACAUUUGAGAGUAAUAGACUAGUACUGCGAAUAGAGAUCAAUGAUGUCCGAAGAGUGAAGAGUCGAUUAUAAUUUUGUGUGCCGGACUUGUAUAAUAUCGUUCUUCAUCUGAGGGGUUUAAUUGUGUCUAAUGGCUACCGAUGGUUUCAGACGGCAACAGGUUUCAUCAACUCCGCCUCGAAAAAUCAAUGUCCAAAAGUUUGCAGAAUCACGGGGUUCAGAGCUUGAGACACUCCAUUCAAUUGUAUCUAACAGAUUGAACAAUGAUUUCCGGUCUUGGAGAAGCAAGAGAAGAACCACCGCUUACGACAAUCAAGCCGCCAAAAAAAGAUAUAGAAAGAAGCGAAAACUUGAUCAGAGUAAUGCUUUGACAUUGCCUCCAGAGAAAGAUGACAAGAAGAAUGUUCCUCGUCGCAUUCGUAGGAGAGCUGAGCUUAAAAUGAAGCUUGAAAAGGGUUUCUGCACAUCAGGGGAUGGUACAAAGAGGCUUAGAACACAUGUUUGGCAUGCGAAGCGGUUCACAAUGACAAAGCUUUGGGGUUACUACCUUCCCUUGGGUUUGCAGGGCAGAGGAAGGGGGUCCAGAGCUGUCUUGGAGUGGUUCAGGGAUGGAGUGCUUGUUCAUGAUGCAAUCUAUCAUGUAGCUAUCCAAUUGGAGGGGCCGGAGGUAGGCAUUUGCUUUCUAUCUUAUGAAUUGGAGGGGCCGGAUGCAAGCUAUCAUGUAGCUAUCCAAUUGCUCCUGAACUGUAUGUGGCGGCCUUCUGGCCAACCAAAUAGAGAUAAUAAUGCAGCUGACUGUGAAGGUGAUGAAUUCAAUGGACUAGAGGGUACAAAGCACUCUUCUACUGAUCGGCAGUUUUGGGUAUGGAUACAUGCUUCUGCUCUCACUGAAGCUUAUGACACUUUGAAAUUAGCUUGCCAAAAAGAGAUGGAGGGCAGGGACAUCGUGAUUAAUUGUUUCUCACUUGAGGGUCAACUUGCAAAAUUAGAAUUAGUGGGAUCAAAAGCAUUUCAACUCCUUCAAAGGACAUUAAUCCCUGCUACCAGGACUAGAGAUAAUUCUUGGAAGUUGAUGAAACAUUCAGCUGCCAAGGUGGAUGAGGAUUCCCAAUCUACAAUUCAUCUUAAAAACGAGGAGGAAAUUCCUUCUCAUGCAAUUUUGUCCCUUAAUGUCAAGGAUCCUCACACAUUAACAGAGAAGGGAAACACUGCAGAUGCUCAAGAUUUAGGUUCAGCUAGUAUACUAGGUGAUGUACUAGGAACUGAAGACAAAAAGCAUGUUAUCUUUGGACGAUUUUCAGAUGAACCUGCAGGUAGUGGCAAGAUCAGAGCAAACAAUGUUAGCAGUGGAGUAAGCCCUCCAGUGGAAGAGGCUGUUCUUUGCAAGGAAAAACAUGACCAGAAUAGGAAUUUCUUCUGCCUCGAUGAUUCAAGUUCAGGGGAACUAAAUACUUCCUCCACUUCACAGGGCUCACGAUCUUGCCUGAUUAUGCUUUUGAAGAAUUGCAACGGAAGAGGCUUGCAUGUUGGAUGGUCUGUUAUACACCCCGUAAGCUGGGUCAAGGCAUUUUGGAUUUCUCUUGUCUCUAAGGGGGCUCAUGCAAUGGGGUUGAGAGAGAAGCGCUGGAUUUCAUGUGAAGUGGGGUUGCCAUAUUUUCCUUCAGAUUUUCCUGAUUGCGAUGCUUAUUUAUGCCUCAAGGAGAACGAAGCUGCUGCCUCUAAUCUUAAAGAGGAACUUCGUCCUCCAGCCAUAAGACCUUUGAGGGUUCCCAUUUUAUCCCCAUGGAAUAGUAUCCGAGUUGCUUUAAACGAAGAAUCUAAUGCAGUUGGAGAUGCUGAAAGUUUUAGGCAGCAACAUGGCAUCAGAAGCAAUUCAUCAUCUAAUUCAGACUCUGGAAAUUCUGAUGCUACAUUAGCCGCCUGUCAUGGAAAUUCAUUUGAUGGUUUUAUAGCACGGAUGAGUUUUUCGCUGACAAAUUUCUUGAGUGAAAUUCAAGGCUGUCAUUUACGUCUGUAUCCUUAUGUCGCUGAUAAGGAGACAAGUUUCACGAAGUUUAUGAGGGAUGAAAUCAAGCUUGGUCCAGUCCAAGAUCAGUUUACUAGAUUUAAGAACAAUCAUAAACUAUUUUUUGUUAGAGUAUUACUCCAUGCUUACAAGGAAGGUUUUCUUGAAGAGGGAGCUGUAAUUUGUGCACCUCGACUGACGGACAUAUCACUGUGGACCAGGUCAGAGAGUUUCGAUGGGGGACUUCAAUUGCCUCAAUCUGCUGUGGCUUCGUACUUCGCAGAGCAAUCUUCUGGUAAGUGGGAACUCCAAAUGCCAAAGGACCCUGUUCUUAGAGAAACUUAUCGUUUGCCAAUAGGCUUCGUCACCACUGGUUUUGUUAGAGGGAGCAAGAAGCCAGUAGCACAAGCUUUUUGUGAGGCAGUUGUACUUGCUUGUCUCAGAGAGGAACAAUGGGAUUUGGUGCCAGCUAAGCGAAGACGAAAGGAAAUAUAUGUUCUAGUCAGGAAUUUGAGAUCUUCAGCUUAUAGACUUGCUCUUGCCACCAUUGUUCUGGAGCAUCAGGAAGAAGAUGUCGAAUUCUUGUGAGCAGCUGCAGAAUAUGUGGUUGGCUUGCGUAGCACCACGAAACAAUAUUGUUCAAAAUUUACUUUUUACUAAACCAAAUAGUUCUAGGAAGCUUCAUGUUUUUCGUGUCUCGGCAAUGUUACAAUCAUUUGUCACAUAAUACAUAUAACCUUUCAU